UAUUAAUUAUAUAACUUAUAUUAAAACAAUAUUUUUCUUAGUAUAAUUUAUAAAAAUGAUUGCACUCUAUAGAUUCGUAUAUAUUCUAAGGUAACGAAUAUUGACCAGUACUUGUCAAGUAUUAUCUAAAUAAAGAAGAAAAAUGCUUAUUCAACAAUUAAUUUCAAGUACACCAAAAAUUAUUAGACGUAACAUUGGUAUUCUUGCACCAGUUUUUCAAGAAGCAAAAGAUCCCAUACAAAAACUUUUCUUAGAUAAAAUUCGUGAAUACAAAGCAAAAAGCAGUAGUGGAAAAUUAGAUGUUCCUCCUGAGAUUGAAAAAGAAAGACAGGCAGAACUUGACAGAGUUAAAAAACAAUUUAAUAUAAAGGGUGAUCCAACAGAUUUUCCAAAAUUUAAAUUUCAAGAGCCAGUAGUGGAACAAUGAAUACACAUCUAAAACUAAAAUAUUUAUGUUAAAAUUAUAAUAUAUGAUGUCAAGUAAAUAGUUAUAAAAAUACAUGUAUAUAUAAAAUUAUAAAUACAAGCAUGUUAAACUUUAUUUCCUUAAUACUAAUGAUAUAAAUAUUAAUACAGUAAAGAUA